AUGACGACAGCUGGCAGAGAGUUCUUAAACUGGUGGAAAUGGGACAGCAUUGGAGCCGCCUGCGAACCCAAGUGUGGGGGAUGCCGGUGCGGCAACUGUCAACCAGGAGGAAAAGAAAUGACUAUAAAAGAGGAAAAAGAGCUGGAAAUCAUAAGGAAAGGCCUCACCUAUGUCAAAGCAGAUGCACAUAGUGACGAACCACACUGGGACACGAAAUAUCCCUGGAUUGAAGAUCCAACCUCGCUGCCCAACAACAGGAGUGCAGUUCAGGCCACUUUCCUGCGAACUGAGAAGCAGCUCAAGAAAGAACCAGAGUGGCGAGUGGCAUACACAGCUCAAGUCCAUGAGAUGGUGGCAAGGAAAGCGGCAAAGAAACUCACCAAAGAGACCAUUGCUGGCUGGCAAGGACCAGUGUGGUACGUCAGCCACUUGGUGGCGCCAAACCCGCAUUCAGUUACAACACCUGUGCGAUUGGUUUGGAACAGCAGCCAGAGGUUCCAAGGACGCAGCAUGAAUGAUCUCCUGCUGAAAGGGCCUGAUGUCCUCAAUCCCAUCCGAGCAGUUCUAGUCAGGUUCAGAAGAGGAGUCCAUGCUGCUCUUGGUGACAUUAAAAAAAUGUACAAUUCUGUGUGGCUAGAAGACCUGGAGAUGCACCUCCACAGAUUCCUCUGGAGAGACACUGAGGAUGGAGAAAUUGAGGAAUAUGCCAUCACCAGAGUCAACAUCGGUGAUCGACCAGCAGGGUGCAUCGCACAACUCGCCAUGAGAGAGACAGCCAGGCUGCCCAUAUUCGCUCACCUGAAAGAGGAAUGUAGGAUCGUGGAAGAGGACGCGUAUGUUGAUGAUCUGUUGAUAUCCCAUAAUGAUCUGGAACAGCUGGAGGAAAACAAAAGAAGAGUGGAGAAAAUCCUAAUGUCAGGCGGGUUCUUUCUCAAGCCUUGGGUCCGAUCAGGCCAAAGUGGGAGGCGGGAGUCUGUACCAAGAGAGCCGAAAUCCUCAUCGGACAGGAUCCUCAUUCUCCCAAAUCAGAUGAGUGAAGAGGAAAACAAAGCCCUUGGUGUUGGAUACCUCGUUGGAAAAGACAGACUCUACCUCAUGACAUCAAUCAAUUUCUCAAGAAGAAAGAAGAAGAUGAGAAUGGGCCAAAAUCUCCUGGUGGGAGAGGUGAGAGAAAAAACUCCAGAUCCACUGACAAGAAGACAACUGCUUAGCCAGGUAGCUAGCCUGUACGACCCAAUAGGUCUUGUCACACCUGCUAAGCAGAAAGGUGCCAUUCUUGUCAGGAAAGCUUUUCAAGAAGCAGCCGGAAGCAAAGCUCUGACCACAGACACCUGGGACAAACCUUUGUCUGGAAAGUUGAGAGAAGAAGCCAUCUCACUGUUUGAGGAAUACACACGCCUCAGCCAAAUCACCUUCCACAGAAGCCUCACACCAGCCAAUCAGAUUGGAAAACCCUGGGGAAUAACCUUCUCUGAUGGAAGUGACAGAAGCUAUGGAGCUGUUGUGUACCUCAGAUGGGAGACGGAAGAAGGCAUCCAAGUCAGACUGACAGAGUCCAAAGCAAAGCUCACACCCAUCGACCAGAAAGGAGAGGCAGUGAAAGCUGAAAUCUGUGGUGCUGUCUUUGCUACACGGCUCAGAAGGUAUAUUGAAAAACACAGUCGGAUGGAAAUUGAAUGUUGGCUCCAUCUGCUGGACAGUCAAACUGUUCUGGGAGCAAUCCAAAGGGAGAGCUAUGGAUAUCAAACCUUCUUCGCAAACAGGGUUGGAGAGAUCCAGAAGUCCACGUCUUUUGAAGAUUGGAGAUGGAUCUGACCUGAAUAUCGCUGAUCUCAUAACAAGACGAGCAUCACCAGAGGACCUUAAAAAGGAUUCUGUGUGGCAGGAGGGACCAGAGUUUCUAAAACACCCUGUGGAUGAGUGGCCGACAAAGUCAGCCAAAGAGGUUGCUGCGAAUGCCAAAGCGAGCAUUGACAAGCUUUAAAGGAAGUCUUUCACAGCAGUGGUAACCAGAGCACAGGCAAAGAGAAACCACAAUAAUGUCCCAUCUAUUACAGCAAAAACUCCAAAACCUACUCAUGUCAGAAAUGACCACAGUUCUUGUGAACAAGAGUCCAAGAUCCAAGUCCGAAGACCACCUGCCGGAUCUGCUGUGCAAAGAAUCCUGGACAUAAAGAAAUUCAGCAGCCUGACCAAGCUGAUCCGAGUCAUUGCCUGGGUAUGGAGAGCAGUCAGAGAGUGGCGAACUCUGAUGAAACGCUCAGCCUCAAGUAAGCUAAAAUAUCAGGACUUUUCCCAACUACCCAGUCUCCUCUGCAAAACCUGCUGAAAAGAAGCGAAAGCAGCACUCAAGUAAAAUCCCGGCCACCAUUCUUCACAGGGACGUCAGACGGAUCAUUGUUUUAAUACCAGUUGAAGAACAAGAACUACAUCAUGCAAACUGAAGGUAAACUUGCCUGAACAGACGAUGAUGUGACCUCCUUGGGUUUAAAAAACCAAGAGGUCAAGUGGGAGGUGUCAAGUCAAAGUACAGAGCAGCACAAACACCACUUAGUUGUAGAGCACACUCCAGGCCUGAAGGGGCAACAGUGAGAGCUGAGGGCUGAACAUCUCCACCUGCUCAGAGCACAUGGUCAAAAUGUUUGCUCUUCAGUCAGUCACCCCUUUGACAUGCUGCUGAGAGGAAGGAAGACAGCUCCUGUUUGGACUAAGAAGACGCAACUGCACUGGCGUGGCUCCCCCUGAUGGACGGCGCCCUUAGCAUUUGCCUAUACGGCCUAUGCCACGGGCCGGCCCUGAUCAGGAGCAAGGGUGAAGUGUCUUGCCCAAGGACACAACGGACGUGACUAGGAUGGUAGAAGGUGGGGAUUGAACCCCAGUAACCAGCAACCCUCCGAUUGCUGGCCCGGCCACUCUACCAACUUCGCCACGCCGGAUCUCAACAAGGUUGCUGCAAGAGGACUACAUAAAGAUCCCAUUUCCAUUCUACCUCACUUUUUACACUAACAGAGGUAGAGGAGCAUUCAGAAGAGGCCAAAAAAACAGGUUCACAAACAUUUCUUAACCACCAGCCAUCAUGCAAUCUCUAGAGCACGCCCUUCCCGUCUGUAUAUGUGGUUUAUUUCGUUUAUCAUGUUGGUCUCCGAAUAUCAUCUUGAAUGGAGGCUUCCCCUUAGAAAUCAUCCCAUCACUGAGGUGAAAGAGAGAGGCAGAGAGUCCUUAAAUUGUCUCAUUUAACAGAGAAAGGGUGAAUAGUAGGGAUGUAACGGUAUCAAAACCUCACGGUACAAUAUUAUCACGGUAUUAAGCUCAUGGUACGAUAUUAUUGUGGCGUAUGUCCCCCAGAAAAGACUUCAAACUGUUAAUGUGUAAAAUGAAGUUGCAAGAAUGUUUAGGAUUUACUGUAAUUGAACACAAACAUAAUGCUCAAAUGUUGUAAUCAUAUUAUUACUACAAGUAUAUACAGUAUAUAAUAAUAGAUACAUGAAAAAUAUUAGGGCUGUAAAGUGAUUUUUUAAAUCAGAUUAAUUACAGUCUAAACCUGUAAUCACACACAGGUUAUUUGCUUGCAUAAAUAAAAUUUGCUGAAGAAAAUACCCCAUGUACAAAUGCAAUUUAGUAGUCAGAAUGUCAUACAGGAACAUUUUUUAAAUGUUUCAUUGAACUGCAAGUCAUUGAUUUUCUCAAAACCUGGUGAAAAUAAGUAUAGUAAAAAUUAAAUGCACAUUUUGAAAGUCUUUGCCGUUUGUAACAAUCUUGCAAACAAGGUACAGUUACUAACCGAUAAUUAAGUAAAAGCACUCAUAAACAACUUAACUUUGUGCACCCUUUACUCUUCUUGAGUUCGUUCACAAAGUGGUGACCCUCACCCCAUCCUCGUUUGUGAAUGACUGAGCAUUUCAUGGAAGUUGCUUUUAUACCCAAUCUUGGUACCCACCUGAUUCCAAUUAGCCUGUUCACCUGUGGGAUGUUCCAAAUGAGUAUUUGAUGAGAAUUCCUCAACUUUCUCAGUCUUUUUUGCCACUUGUGCCAGCUUUUUUAAAAACAUGUUGCAGGCAUCAAAUUCGAAAUGAGCUAAUAUUUGCAAAAAAUAACAAAGUUUACCAGUUCAAACCUUUAAGUAUCUCGUCUUUGCAGUCUAUUCAAUUGAAUAUAGGUUGAAAAGGAUUUGCAAAUCAUUGUAUUCUGUUUUCGAAGCCGUAGAAAAUGGAUGGAAGGACGACGUGCCAAAUUCACUGGUUUUGGGUUUUGUAAAUACUUUUGUGUAGUUACAGUAUGUAAAUUCAUAUUAAAGAUUUUCACAAACAACUUUAAAAAAAAGAUUCUUAUGAAAUACUUGAAAAAAUCCGCAUUUUUACCAUUAUUUUAAACUAUAGGGCUGUCAAAAAAUAAAGAGUUAACUCUUGUGAUUAAUCACAAAAUCACUGCAAUAAUCUUAUAUAAACCCAGAUUAAUCACACUUUUUAUUUUGACCGCAUAUGCUCCUUUACAUUAACCGCAGAUUAAUGUAAACCUGUGCCACUUUUUAUACGGGCGAUGAUCAGUUCAGUGCAUACGUCAGUACAAAGAUGAGCGAGGAGAAUCCAACUGCCGCUGGUAAACUUCACUUCAAAAUACGUCCUGAUGGGACUUCAGAUCAAACUGUUUUGGAGGUUUUGAAGUGCAUUUAACUAAAUCAUUUAAACAAUAUUCUUUUAUGACAUUCUGACCCUGGGCUCGGGAUCUUUCUGUGUGGAGUUUGCAUGUACCUCUGAAUACAUAAUAAUACCGUAAAAAUGACCACUUUUAAGUUACUUUCAAGUGACCUUUUGUGCCGGUAAAAACUUACCCUUGUUUCCACCCCACAACUUUAAUUGUUUUGUUUCUUCCCUCUCUUUCGAGUCUCUCCAGCCCACUCCUCCUCUCCGUGUCGCUGGCAGUCUCUCAGGCCUGCGCUCUAAGGCCUGGAAGGCUUAGCAGAGACGGAGCAUUUAGUAAUGGCUUCUUAAUGGGCUUGUCGACAGCCACAUUAGAGCGUGGUGCAGGCGGCGGGCGAGGCCGGGCAGCGAUAUGCCAAGCCAGAUGCCAUGCCAGCUGUGACGCUCGGCUCGCCUCGUUCACACUCUCAUUUGUAAUCACAUUUCUCAGACGGAUGGAUACCAUGUGCGCAAAAGCGAACGGAUACGCAUUUGUUGCCCUUACCCGUGCCGUCAGUGCCAGCCAGGAUGGAUCUUUUUAAAUCUGCUGCUCUACAUUUUCUCUGUGGCGUCUGUCACCAUCAUCAAAUGCACUGCCUGAGAACACUUUGCAAAGAAAAUGAUCAUUUCCUCUUGCAGGGUUGGACACCAGCGUCUGCUUAAAUGUGUCUUUGUAGUUCUGCUGCUGCCUGGAACAUGAGCUUCUUUACUGGGCAGCUCUUACUGUGAGUUCAAAUGGACGAAAUCAUCAUUGAAUCUGUUGAAAUGAGUACUUCUGAUCAAAUAAAUGCCAUACCUACACAGUCUUGAAUGAAGUGUGGAAUACAUAAAGUACCGGCCAAAAGUCUUAGUCUUACAUAGACUAUGCUUCAACAAGCAAGUCUAACGAGACAGUAGAGUGAAGACCUCUGCCAAGGCCAAACUGGAGCGUCGUAUUUGUUAAUUAGUCAGCAGGUUACUUCCCGGUUUAUGGAGGAUGAUGAACAGAUGGGUGCUGCUAUUAUGUUUCUGAAGUGUGGACGGGGAAAAUAGGUUCAUAUACCUCCACCUUUAUCCAGAUCCUCCUCAAAAUGUAAUGCCUUCGUCCUUGGCCCAUGCACUAGCCCUCUUCCAUAUGUUUUCAUAUAAUUGCUAAUGUAUUUUUCAUAUAACCUUGAUCAUUUCUUUCUACUUUACAAAGUUAGUGGCAGUCUAAGACCGGGGCUGUCCAAUUUGUUGUUAUGGUUUCCAGAGCUUUGAGCACUGCUUGUCACAGUAAAACAUAAAUGUAGAAUCACCUCAUUAUUUUUUUACGAAUUUGAGUAUUUCAUUUUUUAUUUAUUUACCAACAAAUCUACUUUGAAAUGACAAAUCAGCCGACCAGAAAUUCAAAUGUACCACUGUAUUUUAUUUUUUUAAGAAAAGGAUUCGUAUGUGUGAUUUUACUCAUGUUGAAUCCAAGUUUAGUGAGUACACAAGAACUAAAUAAUCUGCUAAAAUUUAAAUACAAUUUUUUUUUUACAUGCGAUAUUUCUGGUUUGGGUUUUCACAGGCCACAUAAAAUGAUGUGGCAGGUUAAAAUCUGGCUUUUGGCCCUUGUGUUUGACACCAGUGUCUUUAGACUUUUUUGCACCAUACUAUAUUUAAAAUGUUGUACAUUCCACAAUGCAUUAUUGUUUUAAAUUGAAAAUUAGAAAAGCGACCAAUGAAACCCCAAAUGAAAGUAUCUUUUGCACAAGCACAUAUAAAGUAGGGUUGGAGGAUAUCAGCAGUAAUUCCUGCAGGGCUGCAAUCUAUUUGUAAAGGUGGUGAUUUAUUUGGGGUGACACAAUGAUGUAAUCUAAAGUUUGCAUAUUUGUCCAUGAAGCAUUUGCAAAAAGUAAUUGGUUUGGAAAUAUAAAACAAACC